UUAAAAUCGAAAGCGAAACUAUAUAGAUGAAUUUAAGAUGUUCGGCAAUUCAAGAAAUAUGACAUCAAAGAACACUUAGAUGCUAUUGACGCAUUUCUCGAGAAGUUGUCCACUGGAAGAGUUUCUAACCUAAAAUCUGAAAUUAAACAUGCACAAGAUCAUUUAAACGCAGUUAAGGAGAAACAUCGAGAUGAUAUGACAAAAAUAAGCGACCCGCUUUCUCAAGAAAGAGACCGAGCGCAGCCAGGCCAACAGACACAAACUAGAGUAAGGCUGCCGCAGAUGGCAUUUCAAGAACUGCAAACAGAAAACGAACGUCUUAUCGAAGAAAACCAAAACCUAAAGCAGCAACUAACACAUAUGGAAAACAGGUCUGGAGAGGAAAAACUACGACAGGUGGUUAAAGUGAACGAUGAGAAGAAAAGGCUGCAAGAAGAAGUCGAAGAACUGUCCAAAAGGCUUAGUUCCGUAACAAGUCAACAAAUUACAAGAAACAAUCCAGCUAUUGCUGAUUUGAGUGAUCCAUAUCGACCUACAAAAUUGGUAGAAUUAUUCGGCUCGCUUUACGAUAAUCAGUGGACAGAUGCUUUUUCGAGUUUCGAAAAGAAGGCAAGAACAGAAGACGAUGUUAUAAACAUUCUUCGUGAAAUCAUUAAGACAGCGGAUAGUUUCUGCACCGAAAGCUUACUCCAAGUGACGGAUCGUAUUCGGGGUUACGCAAUUAACGAUAUUAGUAAACCAAAUAUACGGUUAAGAGGAGGAAAUGGCGAAGAAUAUCUCCAUGCAUCUCGUCUCACAGUCGGUAUUGAGUCUUCAGUAAAGGACAAAGUUGAAGGUCCCAUCAACGACUUGUUGAGAUUACUAGCUUCAGUCUCAGGCAAGAACAUAGCAGAUAUAUUUGUACAGCGCCCAAUGGAAUUUGUUGAAAAGAGGUUCCUAGAAAAUGAAACUAUCCGUGAAUCUCUUGACACAUUUGCUAAACAGGCAGUACAGAUUAUUUGGAUGAUGAAGGUCCAACAACCACCAAUGGAGCUGUUAUGGGCAGAUCCUGAAAGCAAAUAUGACAAGCAGUUGUUUUCAUUCUAUGUAAGACAAGGUGAAAUCGUUGCCCAAUGCAUUUGGCCAGCUGUUCUCUUGCACAAAAAAGGUCCUGUUAUGGCGCGCGGGAUCGUGCAAGGAAAGUAACUUUCUAAUAAACUGUAUUCAAUUCGACAAUUAUGACAAUUAUUGUUUUGUUUAUAAAAAGUCUUCUUGUUUUAGUCUGGUCUGAGUUAAAAGUGAAUAUUACAUCGAAAAUGGCUUCAAAGAAGAAAUUUCUUAAAAUGUGAACUUCAUGUAGAAAUACUGAUAUAUAAUAAGGGUUAUACAGGUUAUACGUAAUUUGACUGUAUAUAUAACUCAAUUGUUUGCAUUGUCAAUUAAUAGAAUUACAAUCAAUGUGUGCUUAACAAUAAUGAUAGUGUCGUUGGAAAAGUCACAGAUCACUUCGAUUUAGUUGUAUGACUACUAUUUUUAUUGGGUUCCUUUUACAUGUAGAUGUGUAUUCCUAUAUGUAUGUUUGUAUUUUUUUAACUUAGCACAAGGAUAAAGCGUUGUUCUAGCAUAUUGUAUUCUUUAAAUGACUUAAAUGUAUAGUUAUAAACAUCGCAAAAUAAUGAGCUUAGAUCGAAACAACACAUAUAUUUAAACAAAAAGAGAAAACACCCCCAAUGGGCAGGGCUUUUUUCCUGAUUUUGUGAAGCGGCCCUUGCCCCAUCACAUGGUUAAAACAAUGAGUCGCAAACUUCUGAAAAUUGUGAAAAAAAACAAGUCGCGAAUUUGUUAAAAUUGUGAUAUUAAGUUGGUUCAGAAUUUGUAUUAUAAAGCAUGUUUAAUACUUGCAUCAUAUAAAAAUGUCUUUCAAUAAUGCAUUAUAAUCAUAUUUUCAUUGUAUUGACACUUUUUUUUACAACAAAUAACCCCUUACAUUGAGAUCAAAUAUAUUCUGACUGGUAAACGCUAUCUAAAACCAUAGAAAUUCCUUACCCCUGUCAAUAUUUUUUCUCGCUUAUGUAAAAUAUUAAAUCAAAUUGUAAUUUUGAAUUGUGAAAUGUCCAUUUUUGACAGUUUUAAACCAAAAAAAUCCGAUUUUUACUGUUAAAAAUGGCAUUUUCUGUCAAGUAUUAUGGUUUUGCUAAAUUUGCGACAUAUCCAUGUUAAAAUUGUGAAAUGGCUGUCCACGGCUAUUCUAUAAGACGUAAAAAAGCCCUGAUGGGAAUCGACACGGUAUACUUUAGAUUUGAAGGUUAUGGACCUAACCUUUCGGAAACCAUUUAUAAACUACUUAUACGGCUGUUUAGGCGAAACGAGCAGGUAUUCAAUUUUUGCAUUGUGUACGAAAAGAUUGUUCGAAUUUUACUUCAACUUGAUAAAAAAAAAUAUUAUUUAAAACAUAUUUGCUAAAAAAACUUGUUUUACUCAUUUUUUUAAUUUAAUGCAUUUUAAUAUUACUUUUACUUUCUUUACCAUAGUGACACAUAUGAUAUUUUGAAUGAAGAUAUAAUUGUGUUUUUUUAAUUCUUAAAUAACGUACCUGUGACUAGUUCAAACAAAUUCUGUUUGAAUGUAAAUCGAAAGUGCCAAAAUUGUUUUAGUAUUGCAUAUUCUUAAAAUUAUUUGAUAAUAAUAAGAUUGAAAAAAAUAUAAACAAAAAUAUUUAAGAAAGAUAAACUAACAUUAGAGUGAAAUGUAUAUAAGUGGACAAACAUUAUGAGAAUUCAAUCCGAUUCCAUUUUUUUUCAAAGAUUUGUAAUGUGUCAUUACUGAGGGCUGUUUCUUUCUCAAUCUGGAUUUUAAGUUUAAGACUAUGGACAAAACAAUUAAAAUUUGGUACUUGUUUUUUGUACUCCAUGUUAAAGAUAAAAUAUUUCAUCAAUAUAAGAAUAAAAUUCACAAUAUUAUUACAGUCAAUUGAUUUCAAUGAGUAAAUUCCGAAACUUACAUUUAAGAAAGAUAGUUUAACGUUUAGUUGCUGUUGUUCAAGAAAAGAUACUAAUUGAUUCCAAAUAGGAUGGAUGUGUUUGCACUCCCAAAAAACAUGUUCUAUAGUUUCGAUGUUUUCACCGCAGAAGUCACACAGAUUUGAGUUAGAUAAUUUGCAUUUAAAGAGAUAUUUAUUUGUAGCUAUAAUUCUAUGGAUGUAUUUAUUUCUCAGUGUGCUUUCAAUAGUUGCUUUAUAUGACAUGGUAAAUAUGUGUUUCCAAUUAAGUUCAUGUUCUCCGAAAAGGACUUGCCAUUUAUUUUGGAUUUUGGAGUUUUCUGUAGGAUUUUUAAUUUGUAGUGUGUAAAAUAUUUUAUUUGUUUUGUUUUUUCUUCCAAGUAUGUUUUCUACGAAUGUUGUUUGAGUACAUGGUGUAUUAUUUGUAUUGAUUUCAGAUUUAAUAUGUAUGGGUAUGCUUUUGAUUAGUGUGUAGUACUUCAGAAAAUUAUUUGAAGGUAUUCCGUAUAUGUAGCAUAUAUCAUCAAAAGAGUAGAAAUCCUUAAUUCUGUAGUCAUAUAAUUGGUCGACAUAUUUAAUGCUUCGUUCAAACCAAUCUUUAUAGAAAAACGUCUUAUUGUUUGAAGUUAUGUCUUUAUUGUUCCAUAAAAUAGUUUUGCUGCUGGUUUGGGUUUCUAGGUUAUGAUUGACAUCACUCCAUGCUGAUAGAACAUCAGACAGAAAUAUUUUUUCGUUUGCAAUUUCAUGUAAGAUAGUAUUGCUGAUAUUACAUUCAAAGAGUAAGGAGUCACCAUAUUUAUUUAGGAUUUUCUGGUAGAAUGAUUUCCAUUUACUCGUUUUGGUAUUAUCUAGGUAUCUUUUAACCCAGCUGCAUUUUAUUGCAUUCAAUAAUGAGUAAAUGUUCGUUAAUUGGAUACCUCCAUUUCUACAGAUUGAAUUAACUGAGUUCGUUUUAUUUUAUCAGGCUUACCGUCCCAUAUGAAAUUAAAUAUUGCUGAUUGUAUAUCGUUAAUAACAUCAUUUGGUGGAUUUGGGAGAACUGUUAAUACAUAAAUUAAUUUAGGAAGUGCAAACGAUUUUAAUACUGUGUUUUUUUCCGAUUAGUGUAAGUUUACGGUGAUGCCAUGAUUUUAAGCAAUUUUAAAAUUCUGUAAUUUAGGUAGUAUGUUUUUGAGAACUGUAUCCUUUUCAUUAUUUGUGAAAGUAAUUCCUAACGUUGUGGCUUCAUCGGAUGUCCAAUUAAAUUUCAUUUCUUUUUUAUAUAUGACAUUACUUUGUUUUAAUUUACCUACUCGUAGCACAGUACAUUUACUUUUGUUAAGUUUAAGACUAUGUCAUUCCGUAAAGGGUUAGUGACUCUAUUAGGUUAUGGAAAGAAUCGUAAUUGUCGUUUAAAAAAUAAGUUGCAUCGUCAGAAAACAGGGACUGUUGUAUAUCUUCAUCAGGUUCUAGUGAUAUGCCUUUUAUGUGUUUAUUUGAUUGGAUGUGAUGUGAUAGAUACUCGAUGCAAAAAAUAAAUAGCGAUGAUGAGAGUGGACAUUCUUGUCGAACCCCUCGUUCGAUGUUAAAACUGUUUGAAAAGAAGCCAUUGUUUAUGAUUAAACUGUUAAUAUCGGUAUAGAAUAGUUUGACCCAUUGAAUGAGACUUUCACCAAAGUUCAUAUUUUCUAAGCAAGAGAACAUAAAUGAAUGAUCAAGCGAAUCGAAUGUCUUUUCAAAGUCUGCAAAGAAUAUUAGAACAGGAUUGUUUGAAUUGUUGAAAUAGUUUAUGCAUUCUUGGAUAUGAUGAACGUUUUCACCAAUGUAACGUCCUUUUAUGAAACCAGAUUUUGAUUUUGAAAUGAUUGAUGGUAAUAUUUUUUUUAUUCUGUUUGCUAUACGUUUAGUUGCAAUUUUAUAAUCAUUGUUUAGUAAACUAAUCGGGCGCCAGUUUGAUAAGGAUUCUACGUUUUUCCAGGUUUUGGAAUAAGUGAUAUAAUUCCUUGUUUUAUUAGCGUAGUUAAGUUUUUGUUGUUAAAUGAAUAGUUAUGUGAAUUAAUUAUAUGUGUUUUUAUAUCAUUCCAGAAUAUUUUAUAAAAUUCGAUUGUGAUUGUGAUUGUGAUGUGCGUGCAAUUAUUAAAGUCUGUAGGUCAUAAUAUACUAAAUAGUAUCCCUCUAUAAUUCAAUGUAAAAGCGACAACUUUGAGCGAAAAUAAAUACAACAUUUUGCACAUAGAGACCCCCAUAACCAUACUUUUUCUUAAAGACCAUUCUAAGCGAAAUCGAUUUAUGCAAUAAAAAAGAUAGGUCAUGUUCAAUCCAAGAAAGAACUUAACACGAAUCAAAAUCGACUGUUUUUGCAACUUUUUUUCGGCCGUUUCUUAGUAGAAUGUAACCUUUUUUCAGUGCAAGGCUUUACUUUAGUCUCAAAGUUUAUCAUAUUUCAUGGAUUUGGUCGUGAACACCUAUUUAUACCCUACCAUUAUCUCCGAAAGAUAAAACCAGAAUAAUAGUUUAAAGUGUAAAACAUGCCUUUGAGUCAACUAUGAUAUUUUAUUAGAGAGUACAGCCCUACAUGAAACGAUUCAAUCUCCACGCAGAGUUGUCGUUCCCUACAUGAACCGAUUCAAUCUCCACGCAGAGUUGUCGUCCCUUGCUCUCAUAUACACCUCUGCGAAAGGCUCAGCAUGCCAUUUUGCACAGAAUCUGGGGAGCCGAACAAACGCAUUCUAAGUAUAUUUGAAUUGGAUUUUUAGGAUCAGAGGCGUUAAAUGAUGAAAUAGGAAUUUUAAAUUAACGAUACAUCGUGAAAACAUUUUGUAGUUUUAAUGCAACUCUUUGGAACUAUCGAAUUGCCCAUUUACGCAGAUGGAAUAAUUCCGCGCACUUCACAUAUGUUAACAAAUGAACAAAUUUGUUAUUGAGUGACGUUAGGCAUUGCUUCAGCGGAAAAGGUGUAUUUACAGAGAGGAGACGGUCAGUUCUGUUGUACAUUAUUUUGCUAGUUGUAUACGGGAAAAUAUAAGAUAUUAUGGUA